GUGAGAGAGUCAGUGACCGGCCGAGGGGUUUUUGGGGUCUCUUCGCGCCUUGGGCCGUUCAAGCGGGCUCCAACGUGGUGUCACCUGCUGUGGGCUGGAAAGCAGGGAAGCGAGAUGGCAUGGCAUGUGGAAGAUUGUGCCAUUGCUGGGCGCAUUGUUCAAAUUGACGCCAGCGACUGCCCUGGGUCCCAGGACAGAGUCCCAGACUCUCAGGCGAGAACCGUCGAGGCCCAGACCUCUUCCAACUUCCCUUCCCUGCUGUUGCCCGAGAUGGUCGUGAUCCUUCCAUCGCCCCAGCCAAGAGGGCCCAAUAAGGAGCCUUGGGCGACUCCGGGGACAUAA